CACACAUGAGACAGCCAGUCUGCCUAGUAUGCUUUUGUACUUAAGAUCAUGUGGAUGCAACAUGCGGCAUCCGUUCUGGCACCUCUUGCAGCCAGUGAGGGCCCGCCGUGGCCGCCCGCAUCACCGCUCCGUCAGCCUGUAGCAGCACAGGGGAGGCGGGGCAGGCGGAGACAUUUAGUUUGACAUUGUAAAUAAGCAGAGAGCAGUUGUCAGAGAGCAGCCUGUGGAACCUUCCUCGCUCGUCCGGCAGCGAGAGAGGCAGACGCUGCCCGGGGACGAACGAUGCCGAGGCAAAUCACCACGACGACGGCCUCGCACGCGCUCCGCCGAGAGGUCUCCACAACUUUGUGCGCUGUUUUUCCGCUGUUCUCUCUUCCUCUUUUCUUUUCCCUGACCCCUAUCCUGCAGCUCAAGGGGACUGGAGGAAGUGAAGGAGCUCGAGAGUUUUUCUGUCAGCCUCUGUGCCUCUUCUCGCUGCUGCUGCUGCUGCUGCUGCUCUCAAGGAGACUUGAGCGGGGCUAUCUGUUUCCCUGUGCUCCGACAGGGCAGGCUGUUCACCAUGAAGGGCACAGAGCAGCGUAGAAGAUGUCUGCAGAUGCUUUUGGAGCAGGCGGGAGCGAUGCCCAGCAAACCCUGCAGUCCUUCUGGCCUCGUGUCAUGGAGGAGAUCAGGAACCUGACUGUGGAUUUUCGCGUGCAGGAGUUACCUCUAGCUCGAAUCAAGAAAAUCAUGAAGCUGGAUGAGGACGUGAAAAUGAUUAGUGCAGAAGCUCCGGUCCUGUUUGCCAAGGCGGCUCAGAUCUUCAUCACAGAGCUCACCCUGAGAGCCUGGAUCCAUACGGAGGACAACAAGAGACGCACUCUACAGAGGAACGACAUUGCUAUGGCAAUAACGAAGUUUGACCAGUUUGACUUCCUGAUUGACAUUGUGCCGCGGGACGACUUGAAGCCACCUAAACGACAGGAGGAGAUGCGUCAGUCGGUGGCUCCGGCCGAGCCCGUGCAGUACUACUUUACCUUGGCCCAGCAGCCGGGCGCUGUUCAGGUGCAGGGAACACAACAAGGACAGCAACCCGCUGCACAAACAGCCACCACCAUCCAGCCAGGACAGAUCAUCAUUGCACAGCCACAGCAAGGACAGAUGCUGCAAGGCGCAGCCAUGCAGCAGUUACAGCAGGUGCAGGUGCAGUCGCAGGGCACGCCCAUCACGAGUGCCCCAGUGAUGCAGGUGGGUGAGGGCCAACAGGUACAGAUUGUCCAGGCUGCAGCAGCCCAGGGCCAAGCUCAGACAGCUCAAGCCCAAGGCCAGACCAUGCAGGUCAUGCAGCAGAUCAUCACCAACACAGGGGAGAUCCAGCAAAUCCCGGUGCAGCUAAACACCGGCCAGCUACAGUACAUCCGUCUAGCGCAGCCCGUCUCUGGAGCACAAGUGGUGCAAGGCCAGAUUCAGACUCUCACCAACACCCAGCAGAUCACACAGACAGAGGUACAACAAGGACAGCAGCAAUUCAACCAGUUCACUGAUGGACAGCAGUUGUAUCAGAUCCAGCAGGUGACCAUGCCGGCGGGACAGGAGCUGACCCAGCCCAUGUUCAUCCAGUCCACCAACCAGACGGCCGACGCACAGGUCGCGCAGGUCACCACCGACUGAGCCCAGCCAGGAACCCUGUCUCCACACACGCAAACACACCCAGACACACACCAGCCCACGGGACGCAGACAGACGCCACCACCUUGGACGACGCAAGCUUAGUAAUGUUGAUCUCAGCCCGGCUCAUUCGGAAGAUGGACACUCAUUGUUUGUAAUAAAUUUAGUACACUGACUCCAAAACCAAAGGGGACGCUGAUGGACAAUUUUACAAUCUCAUGUGCUUUUUUAUUUUUUGUUGUAUUUGUGCUUGGAUACAGUUUUGUACUUCCAUCCCACAUACACACACACACACACACACACACACACACACAUAUACAUACAUGUGUCCACUGCCACAGUCAGCAUGUCUUUUAAACAUUAAAACAUUAAAAGUGAAACGUGUGUGAGCUCUGCCGUUGGCGCCGUCUUCUCUGCUCCCUGGGAAAGUCUCCGCUCUGUCUACUUGACCUGCUAUUGGCUUAUGUGUGGUUGUAAGAAGUCAUGAGAUCUUUCACCUCAUGCUUUUCCUUGAUACAAAUCCGAAUCAUACUGUUUUCAUUGUACGUCAUAUGUAUAGUUGGAUGAAUGAAGCCAUAAACCUCAGAUGUUUUACAGUGACUUUAUUUAAGAGGUUGUAGGGUUCAGUUAUAAUUACAUGUGCUUUCUUUUUUGUGUUGUUUUUCAACAUUAAUGAUGAAGCAUGGAAUUAUGUUGUAAGGGCUUCACACUUUAUAGGUUAAUUGUGUGUGUUGUGUGUGUGUGUGUGUGUAUGUGUGUGCGCAAACGCUUGAGUCAAGCUCGCACACCACUUGUUUCAUCCACUUUCUUUCUACACCCUCUUGUCUUUUAGUGCCGUUUUACUUUUAAGUCUCUUUCUGCCAGCAUGACAUGCAAUAGAUAGGUACAAUUUUAUUUUUGAUGUUGUUUUGUAAGCAAACUUUGUUUGUGACAAAAAAUAAAAACCUUAGUUCUU